AACUCGAUGGACACCCGAAACUGUGUAUUGUAAAUAUUCGACUAAUUCUAAAAAAAUCAAGGUAGGCUUGGUAAUUUCCAAAAAGCGUGGGAACUGCUGCAAUAAUUCAUCGCCCCAUGUCCAGACUGAAGCGCCGACGCGAGGAGCUCUCGCAGCGCAGCAAACGACCACGCCACCGCGACUCAAUCGACAGCGAAGACGCGAGCGACGAUGAAGUGCUGCCAACAAACGUCGUGGUGGCUGACGGCCCCAGCGACGACGAAGCAAAGGAAGAAGACAAUAACGAGGAGGAGGCGCUUUUAGACUUCACGCAGACGGAUUACGCGGUGCAGAUGAGUCAGGCGGAGCCGCUCGCAGGUGACGACAGUGACGAGGAAGCAUCAAGCAAAAGGAACAAAGAGCCCACCAAACCUAAGGCCUUGCACAAGCUCUCCGACAAGGCUCUGGAUGAGCUUACGGCGAAGCUGGUACGCUACGUACUGUACAAGGGAGGCUUGAAGCUGCCAAUCAAGUUCGCGGACAUCAGCAAGGACGUGUUCCCACAGUACAAGAGUGUAUCAAGAUACUUUUUCUACCACGCGAAACAGAAGAUCGAACGCGUCUUCGGCUACCGUGUGGUGCAAGUGGAGGACAGUACAAGCAAGGAGCUUUACCUCGUGUUGAACAAUGCGUCGUCGCAGGAGCACUUGCAGCUUAUGAAUAAGACAGGAAAAGCGUCUUCGCGCGGUUUCCUCAUGAUGGUACUGGGUCUCUUAUGGUGUGCCCCUGCCCGACGACUUUCGGAAGAUGAUCUCUGGAAGCAGUUGAUCCGCUUGGACCCGGCGGUGAAGCUCAAAGUCAACCACCCACAGCUUGGUGACAUCCCUCUUCUCUUCAAAACGUUCGAGAGCCAACUCUACCUAGACGCCACGUCAGAGCUUGAUGUGGACCUGAAGAAGAUCAAGUAUUACCAGUAUGGCCCCAGGACGUUCCUGGAAGUGAGUAAGGUGCAGAUUCUCAACUUUGUGUGCAAGCUGAUCACUGGACGUCCUCCCUCGGAGGCGCAGAUAAAUGAGGUAUUGGCCGAAGACAGCUAAGACAGGAAAGCAUUUAGCAGCAAACAUCCAUUUAACGCUUUAAGCCAUUUUCAAUUCCCCGUUUUUGUCCC